AUGGGCCUUGUGGAUGGAUGUAAUACAUCUCCUACAAUGAAGAUGAUCCUGAAAGUGAUGACGAUGACUCUGAUGAGGACAGCAAUAAAGGUUCCUGAAGGUGGAUUCAGAGACAAGCCGGGGAAACCCCGUGACUUCUACCACACAUGUUACUGUCUAAGCGGUCUCUCCGUGGCUCAACACGCUUGGUCAAAAGACAAAGAUACUCCGCCUUUGAAUAGUGACAUUUUGGGUAGCUAUGCUAAUCACCUUGAACAUGUUCACCUCCUCCACAACGUUGUCAUGGAUCGGUACAACAAAGCCAUCGAGUUCUUCCAUAGAGCAGUAUAA